UAAAUAAUUUGGUUCCCCAGAAGACAACGUUGCCAUGAAUUGCGAUUACAACGGCGUGCCAAGUCAAGAUCUUGCAAAGGCCCGUAUCCUCUUUCCGACCAUCGCGUCCGUAAUCGGACGUAGCAGCCGCGCGCUGGUAACCCUACGCGCAAAUUUCUACGAGCUCGGUGGAAAUUCCUUGAAUUCCAUUUACACCGUCACCAAGUUAAGAGAUCAAGGCUAUCAGAUUGGCAUCACGGAUUUUAUCACAGCGAAAAAUUUAGGGGAAACGUUAGACAGGAUGAAGCUUAUAUCGUCAGACGAGGAGCCCCUGAACGAAGUCAUCGACCAGAAGUCGUACGUCUUUGAAUUGUUAAACGAUUGCCACAAGGAGGACGCGAUCGAAAUAGUCACGGAGAGCUUUUACGCGAAAGCCGAUUUGGAGCAGUGGUUAAUGCCGGACAUAACGAGAGCCGAUUACCGGGAGCUAAUGGAGAAUAUGUGGGAACCCCUUGUGGAGAAGAAUCUCAGUUUCGUGAUCAAGUCGGCGCAGAAUGGCAAAACAAUCGGGGUUACGCUCAACUUUGAUCUUUGGGACGAGCCCGAGCUGAUACUAAAAUCUAAGUUGAUGAUCACUUUCGACUUCCUCGAGUAUCUGGAGGGACCGAUCAGAGAGUACAAAUUACCGAAGGGCAAAGGCAAGAUCAUUCACAAUUACAUGAUGGCGACGGGCAUCGACUUGAAUCCCGUGGAAAAUGUACUUGUGAUAAGGCAAAUGGAAGAAUACUGUUUGCAACUUGCCAAGCGAAAAGAGUACAGUGGAAUUUUCACCACCAACACCAGUCCACUCACACAGCAACUUGGCACGGAUGUGUACGAUUACGAAACAAUGCUGGUGUACCAAGUCAACAGGUACGAGACGCCCGAUGGAAAUAAACCCUUCGGCAAAGCUCCUGAUAGCCAAGUGGCAAUUUGCUCAUUGAAGAUGAUCAACUAGAACGACUUUAUAAAUAUAUACCUACAUUGAGCAUAAUAAUAGUCAAUAGUGAAAACAAA